AUGGCCGGGAGAAAAAGACAGUCCCGGGCUACUCAACAAAAUGUAAACAAAAAAGUUACAUUUGAGAAAAAGAAAAAGAGUAUAAUAAAAAAGUUACAAGAGCUAAGCAUCCUUUGUGGUGUGGAUACGUGUGCCAUAUUUUAUUACAAUCAGAAUGAUGAGGAUGGCGAUCGUAGUGUUGAGACAUGGCCUUCGUCGCGUUCCGAUGCUAUUUCGAUAAUUAAUAAAUAUCGGAACAUGUCAGAAAUGGAGCAAGGGCGCAACAUGUUGAAUCCAGAGUUGUACGCUCAACAGAAGAUCAAGAAGUUGAGCGAUCAAUUAAAGAAGGUACAACAACAAAAUCGACAGAAGGAAGUCGAAAACAUGAUUCAUCAAUGUCUGGAUGGUGAAAUUAGUCUCAAAGAUUUGAGUGGAACUGAUAAGAAUGACAUGGAACAUCUGCUUAUCAAGUACGUGAAUAGAAUCAAACUCAGGAUUAAUCUUAUGGAAAAACAUCCGGAAUUGCACCUUUAA